AUGGACACAAACGACUAUUCGGCAAAACUGCUUUGGCUUAUGUAUCGUAAUGCGCGAAAUCUUCUCCCCUAUCGUGCUCGUAUGGAGAACUUGACGUGGAGAAUGAUGUCAGUGAAGAAGAACAAAAACGCUCGGAAUCUGCGCCGACUGGUGUCUUCGAAAGUGGAUUUGAGCUCGUUCAUUACUUCGCCUAUACUAGAACAGAUUGGCGCUGUGGACUCGCCCCAAACUAACGUUUCCGCCGAGGAGUUCGAUUAUGUAGCCCAUAUUCGCCGAAUGAGUAGAGAUGUUAAGGGGUUGCCCAAAACACAGCCUCAGCCGCUGAACCGUAAAAGACCGGCCUCGUCGCUGCCGUUUUUGUUGGCUACAAACGUUCCACAGUCGAGGACAGCAAGUGCUGCUUCUAGACCUAGUAUCUCUGGUGCUACCCCAAUCGGUGCACAUCUGAACUUGUCCGCUGCACUCAAGGACUCUACAGUUCCUUCGCAUUUAUAUGGCCAGGGCCACACUCCGAAUCAGAUGCAAGGCCAACUACAGAGUCACGAUCAUGGCUUUGCGUUCCUGCUUGACCCACUCGCAUUUGAGGGCCCAAACCAAAAUUUUUCCACAGAUGGCAAGUAUGGAUUAUUAAAUGACCAUACUUUGCAAGCAUACGCAGAAAGCUUGACUAAUUCCGUGAACCUGCGCGAGAUGCCUUCUACUAAUAGCAGCCAUAGUGGUGAGAAACCAUCUCAACAAUUCCCAACGGCACCUUUUGAUGGGUCUCAUUCUCAUGGCCAGGCUAAUAUGCGAUUUUCUGCUAGUGCAGGCGCUCCUAGUCAUUUCGAACAAAAUCUUGCCAUGAGUGCAAAGAAUAAUAGCAGUACCAAUCUUCAUAGACAAAGUGUGAACACUAGGGGGCAUCACGGUCUUGGUGCGCCCUCAAUUCAUACCCCAACUUCGCUUCUUCCGCCUCAAAAUAAUGCUGGCCAGAUUCUUCUGCUGCCAGGAGGUUUGCUGGCUCGUGGGACACCAUCGCUGCUGUAUGAUCCUUCCUAUUUCCCCUACCCUGUCGCUCCUUCUGCAAUACUUCUGGGAUCAUUAGCUCGCCAAGACCAUUCGCUCGUGAACGUCGCUAAUCAUUUCACUGAUCUGCGCCUGCAAACUCCAUACGACUACGACGAUCUGGCGUCUGUUGUAAGUGUUUCCAACUUGGGAUUUCCUACUGGUAGCUAUGAUCAGUAUGGUCAAAACUCCAUAAACAUGUCUCUUAUUGAUCCUGGAUCAGCAUCUGUGCCGGACACAGACCCCUCCAUGUUUUUUGAGGCUCAAGGAAGACACUCUCUGUUCGCUCCUUCUCAAAAUAAUCAUCAAUACCCACAAGCUGCAAGCUUGGGAACUUCGUGGGCAGAGAGCUAUUUCGAUGAUACUCCGCCACCAGGCUCUGUGCCAACUUCUGUGUCGGGGCUUACUCCAGUGACUGGAAAACAAAGUAUGCUGCCAAAGAAGAAAACCAAAAAGAUAAAGACCAAAAAGACUACCGAGUCUUCACUUUCUAAAUCUGCUGGAUUGAAUGGUCUCCAAAGCGGGCCCGGAUCCAAUUCUCGGGCUGGCUCGUCAACCACUGUUACACCUGCCAAUGCUUCUGCCCAGGCUGCACCCACCAACUCAAAUACUCAGUGCGCCAACUGUCAUACGAAGACUACACCAUUGUGGAGAAGAAAUCCACAAGGUGAGCCAUUGUGUAAUGCCUGUGGUCUUUUCUUGAAGUUGCAUGGAACAGUCAGACCGCUCAGUCUCAAGACUGACGUGAUCAAGAAGAGACAGAGGGGCCAAGGACAAUCUAUAUCUCGAAAAGGCUCUCUGCUGAGUGUUGCAACUGCGGCAAUGACAAAUAGCCGCCAACAAGCAUCUCAAAACAAAGCUUUGGGUGCAAGAGAUGGUGAUGACUUCAACCCCACCCCUGUGAAUAAAGGCGCUUCGAAAGCGAACACCACCUCUAUUCUACGCUCCAAGCUGAUUUCGAAAGUCGCAGCCGAGACUUCUAAGACACCCAAGACACUCAAGUCAGCUGGUAGAAACGAGCCACAGCCAAAUGGCACUCCGGAUGACGCUUCUGCCUUCAUGAACGAGCUUACAAAAGACGGUGAUUGGCAGCAUAUUCCCCAAAAGGAUAUUCUCAUGGACGAGACGGAGCACGAGGAAAGUAAAAACCAAUGGGACUGGCUCAGCAUGACAUUGUAA